UUUGUGAACAGUUUAGUAAAGUGUUCUGAGUGACUUCCAACAACAGAUUUCUCUGGACACAACACUGAGAUUUAAAAAAGAAUACGAUUUAUACACCACACUUUUAUUGUCAGUGUCUACAAAACUUUGACAAUUAUAUAUUUCUCAUAUGACACAAAUAACAUGCAGCCUAAAGAGUUUUUUUAACGUUUCAAUUAACACGCACACACACACAGACACACACACACACACACACACACACACAAUGUCUGCAUGCAAGUAUGUGUUGUAAUGUAAGAGAAUAGAUCCACUGUCCACCCAACACAUCACUGUGGCCCUCGCCUGCAACACACACACACACACACACACACACAGAGCACUAUUGUCCUUCUCAGCACAAAGAAUCCUGUAACACACACACACACACUUACAGAAGAGCCCAACACUGCCGGUCAUACCAAAGAAUCUAGGUCUAUCCAUCCAAGAGGUUGUGUUGAAUUUGAGUGUUGUGGUGUUAGUUGUGUGAUUUUCACAUGACCCGUGGGAACAACUGCUGAAGAUCCAGCAUGGAGGUUUAUAUUGUGGGCAUCUGUAUCGCAGUAUGUGGCAACUUUCUAAUCAGCAUCUCCCUGAACAUCCAGUCAGGGUGUGUGUUGGAGGUGAUGUUCUGAGGUUUUGUUGUGCAGAAAUACACACACGUGCGUCAGUCACAGAGAGGAACACGGCCGUAUUACACCAGUCGCUUGUGGUGGUGUGGGAUCUUGUUGAUGGGUGUGGGUGAACUGGGGAACUUUGCUGCUUAUGGAUUUGCACCGGCGUCUCUCAUCGCACCCCUCGGCUGUGUGUCUGUCAUCGCAAGUGCUGUCAUUUCUGUGGUGUUUCUCAAGGAAACCUUACGGGCUUCAGAUAUUCUGGGAGGAGCUUUAGCGCUCACAGGCACCUACUUUCUGGUCACAUUUGCUCCUCAUUCUUCUCCUCAUGUAACAGCCAACAUGGUGGAGCGAUCGCUGGUCAGCUGGCAGUUCCUGAUUUACUUUAUGUUUGAGGCGAUUCUCUUUGCUGUCCUGAUGUAUUUGUAUAAAUGCAGGAAUAUUAAACACAUCAUAAUCAUGAUGCUCAUGGUGGCGCUGGUUGCUUCAUUGACAGUGAUCUCUGUGAAAGCUGUUUCAGGAAUGAUCACAGAGACUGUUCAUGGAAGUCAUCUGCAGUUGACCUAUCCCAUCUUCUACAUUAUGUUCAUCAUUAUGGUCAUAUCGUGUGCAUUUCAGAUCAAGUUUCUGAAUCAGGCCAUGAAGAUGUUUGACGCCACUGAGAUUGUGCCCAUCAAUUAUGUGUUCUUCACUGCCAGCGCUGUUGUUGCAGGGAUCUUAUUUUAUGAAGAAUUCUAUGGAUUGUCCUUGAUUUACAUAAUCAUGUUUAUAGUCGGGUGUCUGCUGGCCUUUACUGGAGUGUUUCUAAUCGCCAGAGCUCGACCGAGCAUCAAGAUGGACCGUGUGUUCAUUUCAAUGGGCCAAAUUCCAGGCAAAAGUUGUACAGAUAAAGUGCAGCCGCAGUCAGACGACAGUAAAUAUGGGACAUUGACGUCUAAAUUCACCUGCAACAGCGGAAUUCAGCAGGACGAAGCGUAGAGUCAAAGCGCCACCUGCAGCCAGAUGAGGAACUGCUAUAAUAUAUCAGUGUUUGUGUGCGAGACAGCAGGUCUGACUAAUUCUUGGAAUUUUGAAAUAGUUUCAUUAUGAUAUGCAUAACGGUCUAAAUAUUUCGAGAGUAUUGUGAUUUUUUUAAGACCUAAUAAA